GACCUCACAAACUCUUCCUCACACUCUGUUAUUCUGGAACUUCCGGACUCUCCUUCCCGUUCCCGGGACAUCGAAUUCCUUGUAAAACACCGUGAUGCGUGUGAAUAUCUUUCGUUAUCGCAGAUUGUGGCACAGAAAUAACUUUCUUGACUUUGUCAACUGGGAUCCAUUCGAAGACGAUCCGUUGGAAAUGGCCUUUUUCCACAACCAAGAUCCUUAUUUUCCAAGAAUACACAGAACAAUUGGUGCCAGUCAUAGACCAGUUUCGUACCCACUCGUGAAACGAAAUGACGAGGACGUUUUCAAACUAGUCUUGGACGUCAAUGGAUUCGAUCCGAAUGAACUUUCGUUGAAACUAGCCGGUCGUGAGCUCCUAAUCAAGGGCGCUCACUCUUGCAACAGGAAAACACAGAUUUCUUGUUUCCAACGGACAUCCUGCUGGCGUCGCACACUCCCAGACGAUGUGGAUCUAAAAUCUAUAAGAGCAAAGUUGUCCCAGCCAACCAUUCUAGAAAUCGAAGCCAAAAAGCUGAAGGAAAACGAACGUGACGUACGGAUUGACUGUCUGGAUAGUUUGGGUGACCAGUCACAGAGAAAAAGUAAGACGAACAGUCGGUUUGACGAGAUGAGGUCCAUUCAAAGACGAGAUGACAAUGUAAAAACUUUUCAGGAAAUGGAUGAGGCCACAGUUGAGGUAGUUCCGGAUGACAAUGUAGAAAGUGACUCCCAGUGAAGCGAAAUUCGUAGACAGUAUAAUAGGUGACAAUGAAAUCCGUUUUUUUUUUAAUGGUUUUGCCUUAAUAGAACUGUUUUUCAACUGAGUUUUGAAAGAAAUCCACGAUUAAUUUGGUUUUGCUUAACUACGCUCUAUGAUUGGUCCAGAAACCUCGUGCCACCUCAACCAAUGAGACUCAAUACUAACGUCAAUCCUGAUUUGGACUCGUUUUCCCGCGUUUAUUAUAGUUUGCUU